AUGAAAAACAAGAUAAGCACUACUAUUCUUAUCAACCGACGUAUGCAUUACAACACUACAACUCACCAUCAGCAAGAGUAUAAAAGCUGGAAAGUAGAACCAGAGAAAACAAAGGAAGCAGAGAAUAUGUUCAACUCAAUGUACCGUUACAUAUCUGUGAUAACGCUGCUGGUGUUUGCCACCAUGAUCAAGGGCCAGUCAACUAAGUUAGAAGUCAUCAAAGAUAAACUACGGAGGACUGAAGGUGUUGAACAGAAAUAUGCUGAUUUGGUUCUCGAAAAAGAAGCCAAGAUUUUUCAAUAUGCAUCUAUGAUUAAUCAUAAAACAGGCAACGACACGACGAAAUAUAUCAACUGUUUAAGAAACUAUGACGCACCCUAUAUAGGAGUUACAUUAUUCAAAAGUUUGGCAUACAUACUCAAAUACGAUGACCUAUAUGGUCCUUUCCAAGAAGAGCAUUCCCUUCAUAAAUGUAUCUUCGAACAGGGUAAAACUCACUUCGCUAAGAUGGAUGUAGCAAGAGGAGAUAACUGUGAUCAGUUUAAACCAUCAGGAAGCACACAAGAUAUUCAGAAAUUGAGGGAUGCAGUAACAGAAUCAUAUGGACAAAGAAAUAAUUAUGGCCUAUACAUCUUGCUCAGAAAAAUUCACAAAACUGCCAUCGAGAGGUUGGAAAGAGCGGGAAGAGAAAACUAGAAGAGAAUAUGAAUUUCUUCCUCACACUAGACCGUGAAACGUGUCUUCUGGACAUUAUUGAAAUGUACUGCUGUGCAGUGGAUUUCAUGAACGCUUUUAAUUAAAUAAUUCACUUUCUUUAUAAUGUUAACUGUCUGUCUUCUAAAUACAUUUUAAUCACGCAAAUAUUUAACUUAUUCCUACUGGUCAGAUGGAUUCGGUGUUCUCAUACUGAGUCAUUAGCACACCAAUCGAAGCUAACAUAUUCACAUGUAACUGGGAUUUUUUAUAAUUCAACUUUUCAAUUCAUCAGUUGGUGAGAUUUUCAAUUGACAACAGUAUCAUCGAGAUCAGCCAAAUUCACUUUAUAUCAUGAGGAGCGUCAGCGCUGCUCAUUGGCCUCCUGAGAGGUCGAUAUAAUAAAGACGAAGAAUUGGAAUUCCAUGCAUUUGAACGUGAUGGGAUCGAAUAGGCCGCCAUGCAACUUGAUUUCACCUCCUCAUCACUAGGAAAGCAAACAUUAGACAGUACUUAUCUUAGCUGUAUCAUUGAAGUAGCAUAGUGAUGGGUAGAAUUACUGAUCCCAGUUGCACCAGUUACUUAUUCACUAAUCUCAAGAUUUCUGUAAUUUAAAGGCAUAACACUAACAGCAGGAUAACGAGAUAAUAUUUUCACCGAUAGAUAUUGUCUGCAAUGUGAAAUUAACAUCUCAUUUAGAAAUUCGAAUAGGGAAAUGAAGAAAAUCAGAGUAAGUGAUUCAGCAAAGAGUCUCUUUUCAAACAGUUGAUCAUCAAGCUGCACCCUCUCAUAUAUGUCUUUCAUCCAUUCACAUUUGGCUUAUUUCGUGAAUGGCACUACAUUGCGAUAUGGCCUAAUUUGAGUCAAACGUAAGAAACUUAGCUUCCCAGCAGUUUGUCUCCUCUCUUCUUCUUCUCGAGUGAAGACCAGUUGUGGUCAAGUCGAUUUGAAGCACCUCAGAAAUUCCCAAUACACCAUCAUUCACACCAAUAGCCACAGAGACACACGCACAUUAGUGCGAAUAAAUGCGUUUGAGAUAUCUGAAAUAUGCAAUUGGAUGAAGUUGACUGCACUCACUGACUAUCUGUCAUUCUGGGUGAGGAAUGACGUGUCUUCUUCAAGUCAAAUUAUUCACACCGAUAGUGAAGACUGCUCGAUUCAUUCGUGUUUCUUCCUUUACUCAUAACAUUCAGCGUUGCUUGCUCUUUCAUGAAGUCAAUAAUGCUCACCAUCUUUCAUUUUUUCAACAGGAGCGGGAAGAGAAAACUAGAAGAGAAUAUGAAUUUCUUCCUCACACUAGACCGUGAAACGUGUCUUCUGGACAUUAUUGAAAUGUACUGCUGUGCAGUGGAUUUCAUGAACGCUUUUAAUUAAAUAAUUCACUUUCUUUAUAAUGUUAACUGUCUGUCUUCUAAAUACAUUUUAAUCACGC